AUGAUGCUGUCACAUCGCUUUGGACGAGCGCGUCAUGUGCUUGUGCUGGUGUUGUGUCUGUCUGCGGCUGAGGACUUCGACUGGUCAGCGAACAACCACGACUCCUUCUAUUAUGGCACUUUUCCAAAUGGAUUUUCGUGGGGAGCCGGCAGUUCAGCCUAUCAGACAGAAGGAGCCUGGGACAAAGAUGGGAAAGGACUGAGCAUCUGGGAUGUGUUCACUCAUAAGAAGGGAAAGACGUUCUUGAAUGAUACUGGAGACUCUUCAUGUGAGGGAUACUACAAAAUCAAGGAUGAUAUUUUGUUGAUGAAAGAGCUGAAUCUGAAUCAUUAUCGGUUCUCCAUCUCCUGGCCCAGGGUCAUGCCAACUGGUAUCAGGUCUGACCAUGUGAAUGAGAAAGGACUGAAGUACUACAAUGUUCUUAUUGAUGAGCUGCUUGCAAACAAUAUCACUCCCAUUGUGACUCUGUAUCAUUGGGACCUGCCACAGGUUUUGCAAGAGAAAUAUGGUGGAUGGCAGAACAUCAGCAUGAUUAAUUAUUUCAAUGAUUUUGCCAACCUUUGCUUUGAACGAUAUGGGGACCGUGUGAAAUACUGGAUAACUUUUAAUAACCCAUGGUCAGUGGCAGUGGAAGGAUAUGAAACUGGAGAACAUGCUCCAGGACUGAAGCUCAGGGGCACUGGGGCCUACAGAGCAGCUCACCACAUCAUUAAGGCACAUGCUAAGGUUUGGCACACUUACGAUUCUCAGUGGCGGAGCAAACAAAAAGGUAUGGUGGGUAUUUCACUGUCCGGGGACUGGGGAGAGCCUGUGGACAUCACUAACCAGAAGGACAUUGAGGCUGCAGAGAGAUAUGUGCAGUUUUACAUAGGCUGGUUUGCUACACCCAUCUUCCAUGGAGAUUAUCCUCAAGUGAUGAAGGAUUUCAUAGGGAGGAAAAGCGCACAGAAGGGCUUGGGAACGUCUCGCCUUCCCACCUUUUCCUCUCAGGAGAAGAGUUACAUCAAAGGCACCUGUGACUUCCUUGGCGUGGGACACUUCACGACACGCUACAUCACCCAAAAGAGCUUCCCUCCCAACCGUGGCACCUCCUACUUCUCAGAUCGGGAUAUAGCGGAGCUGGUCGACCCACGUUGGCCUGAUCCUGGUUCGGAGUGGCUGUACUCGGUUCCUUGGGGCUUUCGCCGUCUGCUCAACUUUAUAAAGACUCAAUAUGGGAACCCCAUGAUGUUCAUCACUGAGAACGGGGUCUCAGAGAAGAUGAUGUGCACAGAACUGUGUGAUAACUGGAGGAUACAGUAUUACAAGGAUUAUAUCAAUGAGAUGCUCAAAGCUAUCAGGGAUGGAGUGAAUGUGAAGGGCUACACCGCCUGGUCCCUGCUGGACAAGUUUGAGUGGGAUGAGGGUUAUUCAGAGAGGUUCGGCCUGUACUACGUAGACUUCAAGAACAAAAAUAAACCUCGCUUCCCCAAGGCCUCUGUUCAGUUCUACAAACGCAUCAUUAAGUAUAAUGGAUUUCCCAAUCAAAGAGAGGUUGAGAACUGGAAGAGGAAAGCUACAGAGACUUGCUCCACCAGCAAUCAUCUCCUGGCUGCAGAGGAACAGCGGAAUACGGCUGCCAAUAUUCUAAGACUUAUUCAUGAUCCUUUAAUCAGCCACAUGGAGAUGGUGACCGAGGUUGUGGUUCCCACAGUGUGCACCCUCUGCAUUUUGAUCAGCGCUGUCUUUCUCAUGUUCCUAUUGCGCAAACGUAACUAGCUCACUUUAGGAAAAAGAAAAAAAAAAGAAAAAAGAAAAAAAAGAUUUGCCCUUGUUUUUUAUUUAAUACUCUUUGCAGGCAGGGAGGUUGAGGUUAAGAAUACUAUGCUAAAUUUUAAAAGGUACACUACUUAACUUUUGGCCCUCUCAAAAACAUUAAAAAAACUUUUGAACAGUAUCGUACACAAAAAAAACACCACAAAUUAAAACUAUUGCAUUAAACAAAUAAACAAAUGGAAGUGAAUCAACACUGAACUGACUUCAGCUGAACAACAGCCGAAAUGCAUCAUUUUCCUGUUAUCACUGUAAAGCUGCUUUGAAAAAAAUCUCUAUUAUUUAAAGGGCUAUAUAAAUAAAGGUAUGAAUAUGAACUUUCUUUCUUGACAUUUUCUCUGAGGACAUU